AUGAGUGAGAUCGGAGAGAAAAAGGAUGGAACCUGGGCUGAACAGGUGGAGAAGGCCGAAAUGAAAUACAAUGGAAAACCGACUGACAAUAAGGAUACAGAAACUCCAGGAAUUUCGGAAAAAGUCAACCACACCAGAAAGCAUGAGCGGAGACAUCAGGAACAUCAUCAUAUAGAUACAUGGCAUGUUGGAGAUCAACGACAAUCAGAGAAAUACCAGGACAAUCAUCAAGGGCAUCAAGUACAAUCAGAGCCACACCAGGCUAACCCGAUGAACUCCAGCAACGUACUGGAGAUACAGGGAACUCAGCAGAUAGCAACUCAUCUGGUAGUCUUGGCGACGGCAAGGGUCAACGUACUCAAUCAUCAUGGACAAUCAACGUCAGCUAGGAUCCUCAUCGAUCAGGGCUCUGAAAUAUCACUAGUCAUCAUCGGCAUCGGAGAAACAUCAUCACGGAGCACACGUGGUGUCGUGAAACGCGCCUUCCAACCGAGACACAAUCCCGCUGUGCGAAUCAUCGUAGAGGCCCACAUCCUGAGCACGCUGACGGCGAAAAUACCGCCAUUUGCUUGCGAAUCAACGAUUCUUCUUCAACUAUGGGAGCUUCAACGGGCAGAUCCUCACUUCUUGAGACCUGGAGCAGUUGACAUAAUCAUCGGAGCUGAUACUUAUGGAAGAAUCAUCGGGGAGACAAUCAUCAGGUUUAAAGAAACGAAACUCAUCGCUCAGCAAACUACAUUUGGGUGGGUUGUAUCGGGACCAGUUUUCUGCAUAAACUGCUCAGAAAAAUCAUCUUUAAAGGUAACGACGCAAACGGCUAAUCAACAAUUACUAGAACUCCUCAAGAAAUUUUGGGUCCAGGAGGAAUUACCGAAUACACCAUCAUCAGCUUUAAGUAAAGCUGAAGCAGAAUGCGAGCAGCACUUAAUCGAAACUCAUCAGAGAGAUUCAACAGGGCGUUAUAUAAUGCGCCUCCCAUUCAAAUCAUCACCAGCCGCACUGGGGGAUACAGCAUCGACGGCUAGCAUCAGGCUAGAGAAAACCAUCAGGCGAUCAUUAGUAGAUCCAGACGCUCAUACUCUCUACAAGAAAUUCAUCGAGGCGUAUGAGGCCUUGGACCACAUGCAGCGAGCACCACCGGCACCGGAGCAAAGGCAGACAUACUAUCUGCCUCAUCACGGAGUACUGAGGCCAGACAGCACCACCACAAAAUUGAGAGUGGUGUUUGAUGCAUCUCAUCGAAGCUCAUCAGGAGUGCCAUACUUCAUCCAGAACCGGAACUACAAAUUGACAGCUCUGACGUAUUCAUCUGGCUGCAUCGACAUGGUUUGCUGCGCACCUUGGCUUUCUCUACGUGUGCUGAAGCAGUUGGCCAUCGAUGAAGGUCACCGAUUUCCUUUGGCCUUACCGACAUUCAUCAAGAGAAGAUAUGUCGACGACAUAUACGAAGGUGCACAAACAGAACAUCAACUGGAAGAAAUCAUCAAGCAACUCAUCGAUCUCUGCAUGGCGGACGGCAUGCAGAAGUGGUGCUGUAAAGUACCAAAAGUACUGGAACGACUCGAAUUAUCAUCAGGAUCAGCUCCAAUCAUCGAAUUCGAGGAAUCAACAGUGAAAGUGUGGGGACUUUGCUCGCAAGCCAAUUCUGACACUUUUCACUACAAGGCAAAGAACUUCAACGGGGACACCAUCACCUUGCGCGUAAUUUUGUCCCAAAUUACACAAAUCUACGAUCCACUGGGACUCAUCGCGCUGGUCAUCAUCACGGCAAAGAUACUCAUCCAGGAAUUAUGGCUGCUCAAACUUAACCGGAACGAUCCACUUCCAGAGGACUACAAGGGUCGCUGGAAAUCAUUCAGAGAGCAGCUUCAACAUUUGAGCAGUCUCACAAUACUACGGUGGCUUCAUCUCACGCCCAAUACAACGGAAAUUCACCUUCACGGAUUUGCGGACGCAUCAAACUUGGCGAUGGGCGCAUCGGUUUAUCUUCGAACAUCAUCAAAGACAACGGGAACGACUGUCACUCUAGUUUGUGCCAAGACUAAAGUGGCGACACUCAAAAAACAAACCGUACCACGACUGGAAUUGAUGGCAGCGGUUAUGGUCACUGAUCUCGUGUCUUACGUCAAACGUAUACUGGACCUGGACAACCUCGAGAUCCACUUAUGGAGCAACUCAUUGGUAGCCAUCACAUGGAUCAACGGGGAAGCAUCUCGAUGA